CGGAUUAAACUGGGUUGACGCGCUUCGGCUGCCCAAUUUUCUUUCCACUGGCGGGCUCGGUGUAGGAAAGAAAAGCUGCAAGCUAAGAGAAAGUGACAGAAAAGCGGGACUCGAGUCUGAUCAGGGCGAUAGGAUUAUUUUCUCUGUCUCCUGCACACAUUGAUAUCUGCUAGCAAGUAACUUGAAGUCUCGAAGACGUCUUGUGACUUUUCAAAAAUUCCGUAAUACACGAAGCUGGUCCGAUGGAAGUCAUUCAGCUACACCAUAUCUGUUCUUUACACUGCUCAUUCCGUCGUCAUCUCGAAACACAGAAAGGAAGGCGGCACUUUGGGAAAUCUAUAAUUUCUUUGCGAGCUGCAAAGUCAACGGAAGUUUUGAAGAAGUCUCAAGACGAUCGAAUGUCAAACAAGACGCAGCUACUUACAAUCAUCAGACCUGAUGAUUGGCAUCUCCACCUACGUGAUGGAGAUGUUCUUUCUUCCGUGGUGCCUCACAGCGCAUCUACAUUCAAGAGAGCCAUCAUAAUGCCUAACUUGAAGCCCCCAGUUACUACCGUCACCCAAGCCGUCGCAUAUCGAGAGCGCAUUCUUUCAGUAUUGCCCAGCAAUUCGGGAUUCGAGCCGUUGAUGACCUUAUACCUCACUGAUUCUACAACUACUGAGGAGAUCAAGCUGGCAAAGAGAAGUGGUGUGGUAGUUGCUGUGAAGUUGUAUCCAGCUGGGGCAACCACAAAUUCACAAGCAGGAGUCACGGAUCUCUUUAAUAAAUGCAUGCCAGUGCUGGAAGAGAUGGCGGCGCAAGGCCUCCCCUUAUUGGUUCAUGGGGAGGUUGCAGAUUCCUCUGUUGAUAUCUUUGAUCGAGAGCGAGUUUUUAUUGAAACUGUGCUUUCACCUCUCGUCAAGUUAAUACCACAACUCAGAAUCGUUAUGGAGCACAUCACCACCAAAGAUGCUGUGGAAUUUGUCGAAUCAAGCCCAAACGGAUCCAUAGCUGCAACGGUUACACCACAACAUUUGCUGUUGAACAGAAAUGCAAUCUUUACCGGUGGAAUACGACCCCACAAUUAUUGUUUACCUGUCCUAAAGAGGGAGAAACACAGACAAGCGCUAGUUUCUGCUGUCACUAGUGGCAGUGCGAAGUACUUUCUCGGAACCGAUAGCGCUCCACAUGAACGAAACACAAAGGAGGCCUCCUGUGGAUGUGCUGGUAUCUACUCAGCUCCCAUAGCUUUGGCUCUAUACGCUCGAGUUUUUGAGCAAGCUGGUGCACUAGAAAAGCUGGAGGCGUUUGCUAGUUGCAACGGUCCUGAUUUCUACAGACUUCCCAGAAACACAAGUACUAUCACAUUGGAGAAAGUUUCGAUGAAUGUGCCAUUCGAAUAUAGUUUCGGAUCUGGUAAAGUUGUUCCAAUGUGUGCUGGAGAAACGCUUGAGUGGUCCAUUGCUUCGAGCAGCGUUUGAGCAGCAUGCAGUAGGUACAAGAUCUGCAUGCGCCAUACUAUAAGUAACUUUGAAUUGGCCUUGAAUCAUUUUGAGUGUCAGUCUUUUGCGCAAAGAGAGUGCAGAGACUGGCCAUUACUGAUGUCGUCAUCAAACAUUGAUCUGGAGACCUUAGACUUUCUUUGUAGUUUAAGGCAGGUUCACUGUUGGUUACUUCAAAAAUUCGGUCCAUUAUGGUUCUUGCAGAUGCUGUAAAUUUGUGGUCCUGCCACAAGCAAGUGAGUCGUGAACGUUGUAUUCAUCAGCAUUUGAUGUAGUUGUGAAAUCUCUGGAUGAAUUCCACCUUGCAAAAACUUGCCCACAAAGUGUUCAUGGAGAGAAAUGGAUCAAUGCUCUCAUUGAUACUCCUCAUGGACAGUCUCUUGCAUGAUGGCAUUACCUUAUGACAAAUAUGACGAUAUGAAAAGAUACGAUUAUGUGCUUCUGCC